AUGAACCCUUUUACUACUACUACUCAUCAAUUAAUUUAUCAACAACCACCACACACUUCUAAUAACGGAUCAGUUUCUCCAUCUCAUUCACCUACCCGCUCACCUUCACCAACAAUAUCCACAGGCCAAACACCACCAAAUCCAGGCUAUUCACUGAACCAUGGCGUCCAACAAGUUUAUAACAAUUCACAGCUAUUCAACUUUCAACCAAAAUUACCGCCAAAAAUACAACAACCUUUAAAUCAUGUUUUUGGUCCACCACCCCCUUUAUACAAUCAACAUACAGUUCAACCAGGACAGUCUCUAUCUUCACAAUCUACUUUAGCUUUUAUGCCACAAAUGAACAUUCCACUUUCUACAACUGUUCUUAAUCCUCUAAGCAUAACCUCAGCCCAUUGGCAACAACAGCUUAACUACGCUCAACUAUCACGAAGGUCGUCUUCGCCUCAUCAUCAUGCAAGGAAAGCUGCGGUGGCUGCUAGGAACAAUAAUAAUAUAGGAAGUUCUGCAAUAGCAAUAACAGAUCCAAAUAAUCCAAAUAAACCACCAAUAAAUGGAUUUCUGACAAAAAGAGACAUAAAUGGUGGCGUGAGGCUUAAAAAUAUUAGUAGAGAGCUUUUUCAGUAUAAUUUUCUGACCACAUUGUACAUAGGUUAUAACGAUUUAACACAUAUAUCUCCAGAGAUUGGUAAAUUAAAAAAUCUUAUUCUAUUGGAUAUUUCUGGUAACAAAUUGGCUAUUUUACCACCUGAAUUAGGAAUGCUGACAAGCCUCAAAAAUUUAUUGUUGUUUGAUAAUAUGAUUGUCACAUUACCGUUUGAAUUGGGAACACUUUAUCAGUUAGAAAUCCUUGGAUUAGAGGGUAAUCCAAUUAACGAUACUAUCAAAAACUUAUUACAGAAGGAAGGAACAUCUUCUGUGAUAUCGUUUUUGAGAGAUAACUGUCAAGUGCCACCACGACCAAUGAAACGUGAAUGGAUAAGGAUUGAAAGCGAAAAUACUGGAAGAGAUCGUGGUGACAUCUUCACGCUUAUCUGUUAUAAUAUUUUAGCAAGGAAGUAUGCUACUACACAAACAUAUGGAUAUACACCUUCAUGGGCACUUGACUGGGAUUAUCGAAAAGAAUUAAUAAUCCAAGAGGUUAUGACUUAUGAUUCAGACAUUAUAUGCUUUCAGGAAGUUGAUACAUCACAAUAUGAAGAGUAUUUUAGAGAUUCGUUUUUUAAACUUGGAGGUUAUGACAGCGUAUAUUGGCCAAAGUCUCGCGCAAAAACCAUGUCAGAUUCAGAAAGAAAAUCUGUCGAUGGAUGUGCAACAUUUUUUAAAGCUUCAAAAGCAGACAAAAAAACAGAAGAUAUGAUCAAUCGUGUCAUAACCAAAGAUAAUAUUGCAAUUGUGACAUUACUUGAAAAUAAGGAAACACAUGAUCUCAUUAUUGUGGGAAAUUGUCAUAUUCAUUGGGACCCUUUGUUUGCGGAUGUAAAAUUAGUACAAGUUGCAAUGCUAAUGGAUGAAUUAGACAAACUUUGUCAAAAAUGGUUUAAUAUGUAUAAUAGCAACUCAAAUUGGCCAUCACCACAUAAAAUAUCAACUAUUAUUUGUGGUGAUUUUAAUUCAACUCCUGAUUCUGGUGUUUACGAAUUUUUGUCUAGAGGUAGUAUAGGGCAAGACCACACUGAUUUCGGUAAUCAUAUAUACGGCUCUUUGACAUCAGAUGGCCUGUCUCAUAAAUAUCCACUUAAAUCCGCUUACUCUAACAUCGAGGAAUUGCCCUUUACCAACUUCACGCCCACAUUUACCGGAGUGAUAGAUUAUAUCUGGUAUAGUACAAAUACAUUAAAUGUCACAAAACUAUUAGGUGGAGUUGAUGAAGAAUAUAUAUCAAAAAUUGUUGGAUUCCCAAAUGCGCAUUUUCCAUCCGACCAUAUAAUUAUUUCAACCGAAUUCCGUGUUAAACCACCACAAUCAGUACAGCCUGCACCACAAUUUAAUGUUGGAGUAAUUAAAAGAAAAUAA